GACUUCUACAUCGCGUGCAGCCUGGGAGGCAUCGUGGCGUGCGGCCUGACCCACACCAUGGUGACUCCGCUGGAUGUCGUCAAGUGCAAUCUGCAGACCGACCCCAAAAACUACACAGGCAUUGCGCAGGGCUUCCGCAAGAUUGCGUCGGAGCAGGGCUUCAAGGGCCUGUUCAAGGGCUGGGUGCCCACCGCCAUUGGCUACUCGGCGCAGGGUGCCUUCAAGUUCGGCCUGUACGAGUACUUCAAGAAGACGUACUCUGACAUGGCGGGCCCCGAGGCCGCUAAGAAGUACCAGAACCUCAUCUUCCUGGCCGGCUCCGCCUCCGCCGAGUUCUUUGCGGACAUUGCGCUGUGCCCCAUGGAGGCCGUCAAGGUCAAGGUGCAGACGGUGCCGGGGUACGCGCGCGGCCUCGCCGACGGCCUGCCCAAGUUUGUGCAGCAAGAGGGCGUGGGCGGGCUGUUCAAGGGCAUCACGCCGCUGUGGGGCCGUCAGAUCCCGUACACGAUGAUGAAGUUCGGCGCCUUUGAGAACGUGGUGCAGGCGCUGUACAAGUAUGUGGUGCCCAAGCCCAAGGCGGAGUGCAGCAAGCCGGAGCAGCUGGGCGUGUCGUUUGCCGCGGGCUACAUCGCGGGCAUCUUCUGCGCCGUCGUGUCCCACCCUGCCGACAACCUGGUCUCCAAGAUGAAUGCCGCCAAGGGCGUGCCCGCCAGCGCCAUCAUCCAGGAGAUGGGCUGGUUCAACCUGUUCACCCGCGGCCUCCCCCUGCGCAUCGUCAUGAUCGGCACCCUGACCGGCCUGCAGUGGGGCAUCUACGAUGCGUUCAAGGUGUACGUUGGCCUGCCCACCACCGGCGCCGCCCCGCCUCCCGAGCCCGUCACGAAGUGAGGCACCUGCCCUGGCGCCGGCCCAGCGCCCGGCCCGGCCCGGCAGCAGCAGCAGCCAGCAGCAGCAGCAUGGCGCGACGGCGGCGGACUAUCCGCCCCCGGCGGCGCCUGCACGUACGAAUGCCAGCGGCACGCGGCUGUGCCGCUGCUACCCAACAAAACCCUGGAAAACCCCACCCUCCAGAUCCGCCUGCAGCGACAAACCCUCAGCUCCCUCCCUUGCUCCUCACUGCCGUCAAUCCCGCCCUCUGACCUUUUCUGUUGUGUGCAUGAUGCACUCGCCUACUCCUCAAAGCACUUACCUCCCCACGCGACCUGAUGGUCGCCGCUCAGCGGCGGUUGUAACCUCGCGCUGUGAA